CGAUUGUUUCUACAGAACUGUAUCGCGAAAUCGGUCAUUUGGUUUAUGUGUAUGCUACAGAAUUCAGUAUUUAAGUAUUAUUGUAAUUUAUCUUUAGAGUUGCUUUACUUUAAAUGUCUCGCGAAGGGUUAAGGUAAGGCACCUUAUUGUAUAUUUCACUCAUUUCAAUACAGUCUGAUUGGUAUUUUCUAUAGAUCAGAAAUGCUUGCAGUAGCACGAAGAAAGAAAAAUAGUAGCCUACAGUCUUUUAGAUGAUCAACUAUUAAUGUCACAGAUGCAAAGCUCUAGUGUAAGGGUAACGUUUAUUUGGUAAACAUGUUUGACAUAAAUCCUGCGUUGUUGUAACAUUGUAUCGUAUCGUGUAACAUUAUUGGGUUUCCACACGCAGGCUGUGGGAUCUCAGCGCAGGUUAUUCCUUGUGUUCGCUUCUGAAUGUGUCAAAAAUAUGCCGCUAGGGGGCACACGACGAUCAUAAACUAGACAUGAACCCGAUCAGUUUCACCGUUAUCUUUAUCUAUAUUUGACCAUAUGUUAGCAAGAACGAAGCGUAUUGUAUAUGAACUCGUAACUGUUUUUACCUCGUCCCUUCCUGACACGACAUCAAAUGUUGCAUUAUUCUAUCUAGCCUUUUGUGAUACUACAUUUUUGGUCAAGCAGCCUAAAUCAUUUGUAAAUUAACCACCAAGGUUCAAGAAAUUCAAAUAGACGAAUAUCGAUCUUGCUUAACUUUCCCAUCUAAUUCAUAAUUAUAAGGAGGCAAUUAUUUUGACAGUGACGGUGUCUUUUGAAUAAAUAGGUAUAGAGUUUUUUCUGUAACUCAAAACCAUCUUAAAAUGACCAAGUUAAUGCAAAACUAGAUAGGCUACCUUUUUAGAGAAACGUCAUUUAAAAAUACUGUUUACAUAUUUUGUUUUGGAAUUUAAGAUGAUUUUUUAUUAUAGACACCGGUCGAUUUUAAAUACCCAAAUAUAUUCUCAAAAACAAUUUAAAAUUUAAUGCAAUUUUCAGUAACAGCGCUGAGUGUAGAGUAUAUUUAAAACUUAAUAAAAAAUCUGUAAUGCUUAUCCUGUUUUAAGAUAGUAUGUCCUCCACGUUUUUAGUUUAUAAUCAACUUCAUUUGAUUUUGUGUAUUUGUUUAGAUUUUCGAAUAUUGUUUUGCAUGACCAAUUUGUUUAUUUUUACAAGAUCAGUAGUGUGAAGUUUUCUAAAAUAAUUGUAAAAAUGCAUAUGUGCGCAUAUCUUAUGACCGUAAAUGAUAUAAAAUAAUUAGGCUAACUCGAGUGUUAAAUAUGAGCUAAAUAUUGUUUUAUAACUUCUUUUUUUGUAACCAAAACCUGAAAUAUAUAUUUUGCCAACAUUAUAAAUACUCUCUCAAUACUAUUAUUAAAUCUAAAUUAAAUUAAUGUAUUUAAUGAUUUCCUCUGUGUUCCGUUGCAAUCGAGCGUAUUUAGUCAUAAUGCACGUCGUCGUUACGAAGAGAUAACAUUCAGAGGAAUAAACAAUUAUUAAAAUAAUAAUGACUCUGUAUCGAGGGUUCAGAUCUAAAAAUGGGUUACCUUACAUCGGUUAAGCUUACUUGUCAGCUAUUAAACUGGACCAAACAAAGUAUUUUCAAAACCAUUUCUCCUCAGACAAGUGCAAUUUAUUACGCGUUAUCUUUAUCUGAUAUUACAGGGCAAAAUAUGCUGAAUUUUUCUUCUGGGAUCUGCCCCUCAAUAUCUGCUCCAGACUGGCUAAAGUAAAUUUAACCGUGGUAACACUUUUUUUUUUUAUCAAAAUCUGUACCAAUCAUCACCCACUAAAAUUAAAAUCUAUUUUUUGAUUCUCUGUGGUUUUAGGUUCAUUAAAGCAUGAAAUUGGCAGCUUAUAAAGAAGGUCAAGAUGCUUAACCAUUAGGAAACUUACGUGAUAGUAUAACCUUUGUGCCGAAGACCCACUAAACAAUCGUUAUAUAAAUACAUUAAACACAUAGCUGGAGAAACUUAAAGCGUUGCUAACUUUAUCACAAGGGAAACUGUAUAUAUUAUGUCAAGCAUACAUAGCUGGAGCUCUUAUCAGGCAAGUACCAGUCACUGUGUUGGCUUCCCUGAAUAAUCUACACGUGUUGACCACGGAGUCAUUUCGUGAUGCAGAUGUGUGCACGGUCCUGUGAAACAAAGAGCAAGACAUUUAACCAAAUAAUGUUGCUUUUACUCCUAUUCUGUGAUGUCAUUAUAGAAGUUAAAAAGCUACUAGGACAACCGAGCCCCUCUCAGCCGUGCUCUCGGAGGACAAGCAGGAACAGCGCAGGCUGGUACAGGUAGCUCCGGAGGGAGACCAGGAUCUGCUCACCUGUGGCCAGUGUCAGAUGAACUUCCCCUUGGGAGACAUCCUUAUUUUCAUUGAGCACAAAAGGAAGCAGUGCAAUGGCACUUUGUGCAUGGACAAAGCAGUGGAUAAGCCCCCCUCGCCCUCGCACAGCGAGCUGAGGAGGCCCUCCAACCCUGUGGAGGUGGGCGUCCAGGUCACGCCAGAGGACGAUGACUGCUUAUCGACGUCUUCUCGAGGAAUCUGCCCCAAACAGGAAAACAUUACAGGUAAAGAUGAGCCCAGCAGCUACACUUGCACAACCUGUAAGCAACCGUUCAGCAGUGCCUGGUUCCUGCUGCAACAUGCCCAGAACACUCAUGGCUUCCGCAUCUACCUUGAGAGCGAGCGUGGAAGCCCGCUCACACCCCGCGUCGGAGCCCCUUCAGGAAUGGGUGCAGACUGCUCAUCUCAGCCCCCCCUGCAUGGCAUCCAUCUCCCAGAGGGAAGCCCCUUUAACUUGCUGCGGAUACCCAACUCGGCACGUGAUGGACCCCCUCUCCGAGAGGGGCGAUUUCCCCCAACCCCACCUCUCUUUAGCCCUCCACCUCGCCAUCACUUAGACCCCCAUCGCAUGGAGCACCUGAGCCCGGAGGAGCUGGCCUUGGCCACCCACCACCCGAGUGCCUUCGACAGGGUUCUGCGCCUCAACCCCUUACCCCUGGAUCCCCCAGCUAUGGACUUCUCUCGUAGGCUAAGGGAGCUGGCUGGGAACACCUCAGGGUCUAGUCCUCCCCUCUCACCCAACCGACCCAGCCCUAUGCAACGGCUACUACAACCAUUCCAGUCGGGAAGCAAGCCACCAUUUCUAUCCACACCUCCCCUACCUUCCAUGCAGUCCCCUUCUGGCUCUCAGACCACUCCGACCCCACUUGCACAACAGCCCAACACACCCUUGAAAUCCAAGUCUUGUGAAUUCUGUGGGAAGACUUUUAAAUUCCAGAGUAAUUUGAUUGUGCAUCGACGCAGUCACACGGGGGAGAAACCUUACAAGUGCCACCUGUGCGACCACGCCUGUACACAGGCCAGCAAGUUAAAACGCCACAUGAAGACACACAUCAAUAAAUCAUCCCCCAUGACAGUCAAAUCUGACGAUGGCUUGUCCACAACUAGCUCCCCUGAGCCAGGAACCAGUGACAUUGUGGGUAGUGCCAGUAAUGCCCUCAAGUCAGUGGUUGCGAAAUUCAAGAGUGAAAAUGACCGUCAUAUUCCAGAGAAUGGGGAGGAGGAAGAGGAAGAAGAGGAGGAGGAAGAGGAGGAAGAAGAAGAGGAGGAAGAGGAAGAAGAAGAAGGAGAGGAGGAGGAGUUGGAGAGGGUGAGAGAGAGGGAGAGAGGUCGAAAUAACUACCAUUUCAGCCUCAAUUUAGAGGCUGCCCGGCACCACGAGAACAAUGGCGGACGUCUUAGUGAAGGCGAUAUACCGCGCUCGCUGCCUGAAGUUAUGCAAGGCAUGGGCCUGGCUGCCAGCAUGCAGCACUACAGCGAGGCUUUCCAUCAACACAAGCGAGGAGCUCUUAACUCUGACAAUGAUGCACAUAGGGGCAUGUGUGAUGAGGACUCAGCCCUGGAAUCAGACAGAGUGGACGAGGGUUGUGUCUCUGCCAUCAACGGUCGGGGCUCAUCUCCCAGCGAGUCCGCCUCCGUGGGAUUGUCCAAGAAGCUACUGCUGGGCAGCCCCAGCUCACUUAGUCCUUUCUCCAAACGAAUCAAGCUGGAAAAGGACUUUGACCUCUCCACCCCUACAAUCCCCAACACUGAGAACGUCUAUUCCCAGUGGUUGGCCGGCUACGCUGCUUCUCGGCAGCUAAAAGACCCCUUUCUGAAUUUCGGGGAUUCCAGACAAUCGCCUUUCGCCUCGUCUUCAGAGCACUCCUCAGAGAACGGAAGCUUGCGCUUCUCAACGCCACCAGGUGAUAUGGAUGGCGGCGUCUCGGGCCGCAGCGGGACCGGCAGUGGCGGCAGCACGCCACACCUCGGGGGUCAUGGUCGGCCCAGCUCAAAAGAUGGUCGACGGAGUGACACCUGCGAGUUCUGUGGGAAAAUUUUCAAAAACUGCAGCAAUCUGACAGUGCACCGACGUAGCCACACGGGCGAAAGGCCUUAUAAGUGUGAGCUCUGCAAUUAUGCCUGUGCCCAGAGCAGCAAGCUAACACGGCACAUGAAAACGCACGGGCAAAUCGGCAAGGACGUUUACAAAUGUGAAAUCUGUCAGAUGCCUUUUAGUGUGUACAGCACCCUUGAGAAACAUAUGAAAAAAUGGCACAGUGACCGCGCAUUGAACAAUGAAAUUAAAACUGAGUAGCGGUGGAGUGUGGAGGCUCACUUGCCUGUUAACAGCGAAGAACACCUUACCCCACCCUCAUCCUUGUAGAUUUCCCUGUUUCGCUAGUCCAGUGGCGGCUAAGACGACGUGCUUGGCACCACCAGCACACCCUUUUCAUUUACCGUUGAAUGCAUGAUCUGUAUCGGGGCAAUACUAUUGCAUUGACGCAAACUUGGAGCCUUUCUCUUGUGCAAUAAUUUACAUGUCGUGUACUUUUCUUUUUUUCUUUCCCAUUUUGAAAAUUUGACAGCAUGCAUGAUAUGUUUUGGCUAAUUUUAAAAGAAAUCGUCCCUGGUUGGUUAGCUGUUUAGUAAAUGUGUAGCUGUUUUACCGUUCAUUAUUUUACAAAUGUUUUUCCUUUUUUUAUUUAAGGUCUAAGAAAAAGAAAAGAAAAACAACCAUGCUGCAUACAUUCUGUAAUACAUAUCAUGUACAGUUUUGUGUUGUAACAUGGAGGACUACGGUAUAUUUCUUAACCCUCUUUGGACGGGCUCAGUAUCGCACUUAAAUUAAUCUUUCAAAAAGAUGUUCUGUCCACGCAGGGUUAAAAUACGAAUCGGGCCAUAUUAUAGAAUAAAAGUAAUCACUGCUUUGAAUUUCUUAAAAUGGAAAACAUUAAGAUUUGAAUUUGUACUAUCAUUUGGUAAAACAAACAAAAAGAGUGCCUUGGAUAUCUUAAAAUUGCAUUGGUUAAUCUCAUCUGCUGUAAUUCUGGAGUCUCAGUUAGAUCAUACAAAACGGUCCAUGUGAUCCUUAAAAGGUUCUUGCAUCAAGUACCUGAUUGCUAGUCAACUGUGACUUUAGAGAGACAUUGUAAUAAUCAAAAAGUAAAGGGAAAUUCUAGUUAAUCAUCAUGGGGUACCUACGUUAAAUUGAAGUUUUUGUAGUGUGCAUGGCACGUUCAUUACACAGAGUGCGGUUCAGACUUGUUUACUUCCUCUAUUUAAAGGUACUGUACUAAGCGGCACUUGGCUUCAGUUUGAAAUUAUUUGACUUUUCUGUUUUGGUUAAAGUCGUCAGUAGCACAACGUUUUGGCGCUUUUUCAUGACCCAAGGUUAGCGUGAACGUCCAUUGAAUACCUGAGGCCAUUUAGACCGAACUAAUGCAAUGUACAUUUGCGAACUGGUUAAGAAAACAUUCAAAUAUUUGCAGCUGUCAGUGAUGAUUAACUAAGAAUUGCCUACAGGUCUGAAUCCUAUUUCUUUAUUAUUGCCGAUGUCUGAGCUCCCUGUAAAGACUAAAUGAACUUGAAUUACUGAGCGAGAGGGAAAACCAUACACAUCACUUUUGUUCCUUACUUUUAUAUUAGUUUCACACAUAGUGUGAUAUAUGUUGACAUUCAAGGAGACUCUUGUUGCAUUAUGACAUUAAUGACUUUAGACAAUGUUUCGGGUGUUUAGACGGCACACGCCUCUCAGCCCUUUGUUUUGUAUUUGACACGCUGAUUGGAGAUAUUGCAGUUGAGUAUAAAUUAAGAUUGUUUGCCUGUUGGACAACAAAGUGCACUGUUAAAGUUUCCCAGUUUACAGGUAUUCUCAAGAGGGAAAACUUCCUAAAGAAAUGAACGUGGUGUCAUUAUUUAAUGUAUAAAAGCCAACUCGUCCUCACACCUCACAAUGAAAAAGCCCAACUCUGAUAUAUUAUUAUUAUUAUUAUUAUUAUUAUUAUUAUUGUGUCAACGCUAACAGUGCUUGACCGAGUACGGACAAUUGAAACUUGCUGCUUUCACUGCAAGAACUUUUUUUUUGUACAAAUCUUUUUUUAAGUAUGAAAAUAAACUUUUUUAAAAAGUAACAUUUCAUCAUCUUAGGGGAAACUGUAUUUAAGUUUGUUGUUUCUCUUUCUCUUUGUCUUGGUGGCGUUCAAGACUCGAUCACAAAAUAUAUAAAUAUAUAUAAAUGGGAAAAAAUCUGUGAUUUUUUUUAUUGUUUUUUUUUUUUAUUCUUUUUUUUGUCUUGGCUCUUCACAGCUCUUCAGGUCAAACUUGCAUUGGGGAAAGGUUUAAGAUUAUAUAUAAAAUAUAUAAUAGAGAAACUUAAAUAUAGGAAAAUGCACAUCAUGUCAGUUCCUAUGCUAAAACACAUUUAUGGUCUACUUUCUUCUGUAUUUCUAGAAUGGUAUUUGAAUUAAAUGUUCACCUAGUGUAGGUACUACAGUAUUUAUAUUGAGGCUUGUAUUUUUAACUGUUGCUUGUUCUCUCAGAAGGUAUAAUUGUACCUUUUUUGGUAGUGGAAAAAAACAACAAGCUGCCACGGUAUAUUUUUUUAAUUUGGCAGGAUAAUAUAGUGCGAAUUAUUUGUAUGUUUAAAAAAAGAAAACUGACAAAAAAAAUCAAAUUAAAAAAAGAAGUAUGUGGCAUUGUACAAUGGAAGCCAUUCAAUGGUUUCCCCACGGAGUCUUUUGAGAAUGUCCACACUAGCUAAAACAGGUGGUUGUACAUAUCUUUUUCUGUUCUUCUUUUUUAAAAUCUCCUCUGCUGCCAUUCUGUAUGCAGUACAGCAAGCUGAUGUUGGGUUGUUCUGUAGUGUGCUUCUGUCUUUUCACAUGUCUCACCCGAAUACAUUCCAGCAUCUUCAAAACGCAAACUUCAUAUGCAGUACGAAACCAGUAAACAAGUAACAAAAAAAAAUCAUUCAAAUAAAUGAAUUAAAUGAUCAAUGUUUUGCAGGUGUUUUUUUUCAUUGCCAAAUAUUAAAUGGUGCUUUAUAUUUAGAUUGGGACGACUUUCAUAUGCAAAGCAUAUUUAAAUGAAAUGGAACUAAAGGAGCAGCCCACUUAAGUUCAUACUCUUUUGUAAAUGGCAAUGCGGAAUAUUUUGUUAUCAGCCUUUUCUAUUCCUGUUAUGAGAGAUGUUGUUGUAACUUGAACUUGAACUUUAUCUUUUUCAAUGGGAGUCACUAUUUAUUAUUGCUUAAUUACUCUGUUCAAAACAGAGACAUAGAAUGGAUCCAUAUUUGUUUGUUUGUUUCAUUUUAUUUUUCCUUUUUUUU